CCAUUCUCUUCAUUCGCCAAAUUACAAACGCCCAACACAAAUUCUCUUGCUCCCCGUCAUUACCAAAAACUAUGGCCUCCCCAACGCUGUUAACCCCAACUUCCAAACUCAAACCCCUCCUUCCAAUAAAAAACAAAGCCACCUCCACCGCGCAAUUACCGUCUCCGCCACCGCAACAGCAACCAUUAAGACGCCACUUCUUGUCUCUUGCCGCCGCCGCCACCACCACCACCAAUCUGUCUCUUGCAGGGCUUCUGCCAGUGAUACCAGCAUUUGCUGCCUCGGAUGAGGAGUACGUGAAAGAGACACAAGAAGUGAUCAGCAAAGUGAGAAGCACCAUCAAUAUGGACAAGAACGAUCCCAACGCUGCUUCUGCUGUGGCUGACCUCAGAGAGACAUCAAAUUCAUGGGUGGCUAAGUACAGAAGAGAGAAAACUUUGCUCGGUAGAGUUUCUUUCCGUGAUAUUUACUCGGCAUUGAAUGCUGUUUCUGGUCAUUACAUUAGCUUUGGACCAACUGCUCCAAUCCCAGCAAAGAGAAAGGCUAGGAUUCUUGAAGAAAUGGACACUGCAGAGAAAGCCUUAUUGCGAGGAAGAUAAACAGUGCUUGUGGUCUCGACUCAUCAAGCGAAGGCCAUUUUUUUCUUAAACUUUCAAAUUUAACUGCUUAAAUAGUAUUUAAUUUAGUUUGAGAUUGCAAAUUGAGGUUCAGUUUGUGAAUUAUGAG